AUGUCGGCCUUUUUAUCCAGAGGCUUCAUUUCUCGUCUCCACCAGCACCUCGUCUCCCUAUCGAGCCCAUCUUCAUCAUCUGCAGCAGCCCCAACACCCUUCUCCUUCCAUCUUUUAACUAGGACAUUCUUCAGCUCCGAUGCCUUGUUGGAUGGCUCCCAGAUCGUCCAACAACAACCGACACGCAUCAUCCAGGCCUCCCCCGCUAUCAUGACUCCAAACUCCAAGCGGACUGGGCUCAUUGCCGUGAAAUGUGGCAUGUCUGCUCUUUGGGACAAGUGGGGUGCUAGGCUUCCCAUUACCGUCCUCUGGGUUGAUGACAAUAUCGUCUCUCAGGUCAAGACUUUUGAAAAGGAAGGAAUCUUUUCCCUUCAGAUUGGCUGCGGCCACAAGAAGGCAAAACAUUUGACAAAGCCUCAAGUGGGUCAUUUCAGAGCUCAAGGUGUUCCCUUGAAGAGGAAAUUGAAGGAGUUCCCUGUAACCGAAGAUGCUCUUCUUCCUGUUGGUACAGCCAUUGGUGUUCGCCAUUUUGUUCCAGGGCAAUAUGUAGAUGUUACUGGAAUCUCUAGAGGGAAAGGUUUUCAGGGUGGAAUGAAAAGAUGGGGAUUCAAAGGAAUGCCUGCAUCUCAUGGUACAUCAUUAACACAUCGCAGUAUUGGCUCUACCGGGCAGAGGGAUGCUCCUGGAAAGGUAUUUAAAGGAAAAAAAAUGCCUGGGCGCAUGGGUGGGAAGCAGAGAACAGUUAAAAAUGUGUGUGUCUACAAGAUAGAUCCAGCAAGGAAUUUGAUGUGGGUGAAAGGCCAGGUCCCAGGUGCCACAGGAAACUUCGUUUUUAUAAAGGAUGCUGUUUACAACAAACCUGAUGUUUCACUGCUUCCAUUCCCAACUCAUUUUGCCACAGAAGAGGAGGCAACUGAUUUAGAACCUCUUGUUGCUGAUCUUGGGAAUGUAGAUCCAUUUAUGGUAGCAGAUUAAUCAUUAUUGGGUUGAAUUUGAUGUAUGAAUUUUGAAGUAAUUGACCAUUGAUUUUUCUGUGGGAAUUUAGAUAUGGUUUGCUGCUUUUGCAUAUUAUUUAUUUAUCAUCCAAGAAGAUAUUUUGUUUUGACAUGAUAAUGUAAGAGAAAAGAAUAAUAAUUGAAUGGGGUGAAAUCAUCUA